GUUUCAUUUAUAACAGUAUAAAUGGUUGCGAUGUGAAGGUUUGUUCUACAGUGAUGUGACGACGGCGGAAGAACGUAGAGAUACAGCACUGAUGAUUGCUCCUGAGGAGGAGAACCUGUUGAAUUACUACUACACUGCAGCUAGGGGAAUGUGGGAAAGAUUUUGGGAAAGAGGCUCCACUAAUCCAGCAUCCCGCUUGGCUCUGGUCUAGCUGUUGCCAUGGCAACCAGCGCCGUGCCUAGCGACAACCUUCCCACUUAUAAACUGGUGGUGGUAGGCGACGGCGGCGUGGGCAAGAGUGCCCUCACCAUUCAAUUCUUCCAGAAGAUCUUUGUGCCGGACUAUGACCCCACCAUUGAGGACUCUUACCUGAAGCACACUGAGAUUGAUGGCCAGUGGGCAAUCCUGGAUGUACUGGAUACAGCAGGACAGGAGGAGUUCAGUGCAAUGCGGGAGCAGUACAUGAGGACUGGAGAUGGCUUCCUUAUCGUCUUCUCUGUUACAGACAAGGCCAGCUUUGAGCAUGUUGACAGAUUUCACCAGCUCAUCCUCAGGGUGAAAGAUCGUGAGUCCUUCCCUAUGGUCCUGGUGGCAAACAAAGUGGACCUGGUUCAUCUGAGGAAAGUAACGAGUGACCAAGGCUAUGAAAUGGCUGCCAAACACAGUAUCACUUACAUCGAGACGAGCGCCAAGGAUCCUCCAAUGAAUGUUGACAAGGCCUUUCAUGAACUGGUCAGGGUGAUUAGACAACAAGUACCCGAGAGGAGUCUGAAGAAGAAAAAGAAAAUGAAGUGGCGGGGGGACCGAGCCGCUGCCUCUCACAAACUACAAUGCAGUAUUUUGUGACCACAAACUUUACUGACUCAUAUCAAGAUGCUUUCUGUCUCUGUCUCAGAGCUGUGUUUAGUGGGAGAGCACACCAGACAAGGCCAGGCCGAGGAGGCUGAACAGGUGGGACAGUUUUGCACAGAGAUAAUCAUUUGCAGCAUCAAAAAAUGCACAGACGUUGGCUAGCUUUCUGGCUAGUUUUGAGUCAGAGAGGACUGUGUUUUGGCAUGGCAGUUUGCGUCUCUGGAGUAAUAUGAAGUGGCCAGAGUUGAUGAGACUGGUUAAUGUUGAUGACAUUUUUCAGUACAGUGGGAAUAUGGGAUACCUCCUCAACAUGGCCUUUACUGUUAAGCACAAUUUUACAGGCGUUGCUCAAAUGCACUUUCACUUUUUUGGCGGAAAAUAUUAAUUAGUAUGUUACUGCAUUUAAGUCACCUUUUCUGCCUUUUCACCUUUUUUGCCUUGUCUAAAGGCUUUGGUUGCAAAAGGGUGGUGAAAUUUUGAUCAUGUUGCACUUCAACAUGCUGGUUCGUUCAUACUAGCAAAUGACUUCGAGGCUACCAUUUAUUUCAUUCGCACAUGCUCAACACAGAGUUGCUAUUUAAUUGACAAUGGAAAGCGACAAAGAGACAGAGUGACCUGCAACAUUAAACUCAGAUAUAAUGCAUAUCAGUGAUUUUCACUGAAGCCCUUCUGAAGAGCCAUUUUCAUGUCACUGUCCAUGGUUUCAGAAAGAGAUGUCUAAUAAGGUCAUGGUCAGGUGUCCACAUACUUUUGUCCUUGUAGUGCUAGAGCUGGGCGGUAUGACAGUACUUUUAGUAUACCAGCUUUGAUUCUUCGUACAAUUUGGAUUUUUCAUAUAUCGCCAUACCAUAGCAUAGUUAAUACAACAGCUGUAGGCUUCAAUAGGACGCAAAUCAUAUAAUAUUGUUCACCGCUAAAAGCGCUAUGAAGCGCUGUGCAGGUACAGCUCACUUGUUAACCAGGUAGCGUUAGCAUAACAGUGUUAACAGAUGACUGUACAGUUUGUCGGGGCAUGGUUGUUGCGAAAAAGCAAAUGGUGGAGCUAUGUUACUACCGGGGCGAAAAUACUUCAGUUUAAUUGCUAUACUGCAUUAUAGCAACAACACAGAAGCCAUGUGAAAACAGACAUAGUCAUGUGUUAGGACACCCCAUGAAAACCUUUGUUUUUUUGAACAUAUUUAAAAAUAUUUAAGCUUCAUUUGAACAGUACUGAGAGAUGGAGCUUAACUAACUAAACAAAAAAAUGUUAAAAAUGACUUAAACCCAAGUUGUAAAAUGUAAUGAACAAAAAUGGAAAUUUAUUGUGA